AUGUCGGAAACAUCCAAUACUAACAACACAACAACCAAUGCAUCAACACCACAGCAAGAUACCAUCAUUCAAUACAUUGUCAUACGUAGAGACCUUAUGGAACCUCCAUAUUCAUACGCAAUAGGAUCCAUCGUAAGCCAAGGUAGCCAUUCCAGUGUUUCUAUCAUUUCGGAAUCCAUCAUGGCGAAAGAUGAAGUAACAUUGCAAUAUGUGGAUCCAAAUGCUUCCUCUCAAAUGCACACCAUUGUGUUAGAAUGUCCGAAUGAAAAACAAUUACUUUCUCUGAGAGAUUCAUUAGAAAAGGCUCAAUUGAGAUUUAAAUUAUGGAUUGAACAACCAGAAAAUAUUCCGACUGCAAUCGCUUUGAAACCAUAUCAUCGAUCACUUGUAGCAAAAUUUGUAAAAAAGUUUAAAUUGUUUAAAUAG